AUGUCGAUUCUCAAGAUACACCCACCCGAUAAAUACCAACAUAUGCGACACAUUAUCAAGCAAGAGCUUAGUCUCGACCCACCGCAGGGCCUACUAGCCGAAUUUACCGAUAGCUUCUACGGUGGCUGCACCCAUGUGGAGCGACUUGUCUCUCCCAAGAAGGCUGCAGACAUGUUUCGUGAAGCAUACAUAGAUCCAGAUAAGGAGGACUGUGGACCAAAGACAGCCACUGGCUCCACACCGCAAACACGGAAAUUGUCUCUUUCUGGCUACGAGAUUAUGGAUCAUGAAAACGCCUCGUCCAUAGGUGAAGGGGAACUUAUCACUGCGUUGACUGGCCAGCUUGAGGUCCACGGCCAGGUCUUCUGGACCCAGGGAGUUGGCGAGGGAGUGACGGGUUGUCUGAAUGAAGUUCUCCAUUCUAUCGGUCUAGUAGUCAAGGUACUUGAAUAUGAAACUGCCGUCACAGAAUGCGAUGCCGCCAUCGAGCUGGAUGAAGAUGAGUAUAUAUCGGGUGAAGUGGUUGUUACGUAUGUGAAAUGCUCAGACGUCACGUCGCAUACUGCGUGGGGCAUCGGUAUAGGCGAGAGUGAAGUGGAUGCAUUCAUGAAGGCUUUUCUUCAAGCGGCAGCAUCUGUAAGUUCAUCCUUGUGGGGGAUGGUUUAG